AUGAAGUUCGGCCAUCUGUUCAAGCAAACACUCCGGGAUGAGGGCUUCCCGCCAGAGUGGGUCGAUUCCGCCAUCUCUUACUCGCAGCUCAAGAAGUGCAUUAAGAGGCUUACCGACGAGCUGCAGCAAGUGGGCCUUGAUCCUGCGACCCUGUCCAAAUUGUUGAAGCAUGUCGAAGACUACAACGCCUCUACACAAGAAGAUGACGAACAAGAAAGACCAUUCGAGUAUAUCCUCAACCCCGACAGUUCUAGGGAUAAUGCCUCGCCGUCGCGCAAGGCUUUCCAUCCAAAGCUACUCUUCUACGUAAACGAGACAAGUGGAGAGGUCCUGAGCGCCCAGCUGGAUGAUGAGACCAGGCGCAAACUCCAGAUGCUGGCCGUUGAAACUGGCAUGUCUGAUUUGCGCGUCUUGGACGAUUCAGGCUCGCCAAUGCAAUCUGCCAACUCUGUAGAUCCAGCCACCUCUCGCAACCGACCGGGUUACCGUACAGUCGAGGUUCCCAUUACCUCGGACACGGAAUUCUUCACCAGGCUUACAAGUGAAGUCACAGGGCUGGAGAAACUGCAAGAGCGCGAACAAAAACGAAUGAACCUUCAGAUUGAAGCGCUAGGGAAACAAGUUGCCAAGUUGACCAACCCCGACCGAAGAGCCAAUAGAAAGAUGCUCACUGCUUGGCGUCAGAUCUUCCAGAUAUACGUCGAAGAGGGCAUUUUCUUUGGAACAACGGAGAUUGAUCAUAAAUCCCAUGAUUCGGAAAAGGCAAUGGCAAGAUUGGCGGGCUUCUCAAACAAGAUCGCCAAGGCCGGUCUGGUGGAACAGUUGAAGAAGAAGGAGAACCUGCAAGCGCUGAACACUUUUAUGCACAUCAACCGAGAGAUUCUCCAAGGCCUACGGUUCGGUGAGAUUAACCACAAUGCCAUGAUCAAGAUUCUCAAAAAAUUCGACAAACGCACAGCUCUGGGCGUAAAGUCCACGUUCCCUCGUCAAGUAGAGUACCCAGAGUUCUCAGAACAUCUCGCCAAGGCCGUCUGCGCAGAAGUCAACACACAGAUCCUCUCCCACGUCCCGCAAAUAGAUGACUACUCGUGCCCCAUGUGCAUGGAAAUCCAGUGGCGGCCCGUAAAACUCAGCUGCAAUCAUACCUUUUGCAUCAGGUGCUUGAUCGUUAUGCAGAACAACAAGCAGUACAACUGUCCCUUUUGCCGAGAGAAGACAGUUUUCGAUGCAAAUUCAGACAACCUGGAUACCGAACAAGCUGCCUUUCUCAAGAAGUGGUUCCCAGAAGAAGUCAAGAACAAGCAGCGAUACAAUGAGCUGAUGGCGGGUGUGGACCAGUAUGGAGAGGUGUAUGCGACUGAAAAGUUCAUGCGCGCCGGCUCUAUAUGGUAA